AUGGUAAAAGCUAUAGCGUUGAAUCUUUGCACACUUCCAUAUCAUCAUCAGAUGAGUAUGCAGGUACCGAAUAAAAGUUCAGUUCUAGGAGCAGGUGAGAGAAGACAGUAUGCAAGAAUUAUUCAUCCUCCACUUGUGAUUCAAGUGAGGAAGUUGACAUUUACUGGUAAAGUAAGCGGGUAUAUAGGAGUACCUGUACCUAUGCAGGGAUAUAUAGGAUAUAGAAGUACUUUUACCUAUACAGGGGUGUAUAAGAUACAUGGGUAUAUAGGAUAUAGGUAUAAAGAAGUGCCUGUACCUAUACAGGGGUAUAUAGGAUAUAGGUAUAUAGAAGUACCUGUACAUAUACAGGGGUAUAUAGGAGUACAUGUACCUAUACAGGGAUAUAAAGGAUGUAGGUAUAUAGGAGUUCCUGUACCUAUACAGGUGUAUAUAGGAUAUAGAUAUAUAGGAGUACAUGUACCUGUACCUAUAAAGGACUAUAUAGGAGUACCUGUACCUGUACCUAUACAGAGGGGUAUAUUGGAUAUAGGAGUACCUAUACAGGGGUAUAUAGGAGUACAUGUACCUAUACAGGGGUAUAUAGGAGUACCUGUACCUAUACAGUGGUAUAUAGGGGUAUAUAGGUAUAUAGGAGUACCUGUACCUAUACAGGGGUAUACAGGAUAUAGGUAUAUAGGAGUACCUGUACCUAUACAGGUGUAUAUAGGAUAUAGGUACAUAGGAGUACCUGUACCUAUACAGGAGUAUAUAGGAUAUAGGUAUAUAGGAGUACAUGUACCUAGACAGGGGUAUAUGGAUGUAGGUGUAUAUAGGUAUAUAGGAGUACCUGUACCUAUACAGGUGUAUAUAGGAUAUAGGUAUAUAGGAGUACCUGUACCUAUACAGGGGUAUAUAGGAUGUAGGUUUAUAGGAGUACCUGUACCUCUACAGGUGUAUAUAGGAUAUAGGUAUAUAGGAGUACCUGUACCUAUACAGGUGUAUACUGUAUAUAGAUUCAUAGAAGUACCUAUAAUAUUCCGAUUAGCAUAA